AUGUUCGGCUCCACCCCUGCCACGUCAACCACAGGGUCGUCACUAGGCCGAUCGGCAUCUUUCUCCUUCUCUCAACCUCCAGCCAACAAACCAUUCUCCGGUACAUCAGGAGGCUUCUCCUUCGGCGGUAGCACCACUUCCUCUGCUACCACCAGCGCGGCUCCAGCAAAUACCGGCGCAGCAGCUCCAGCUGCAGGAGGAUUCAGCUUUGGCGCAAAGCCGGCUACGACGACGGCUGCACCAGCAACGGGUGGCGGCCUGUUUGGUUCGAGCGUCAACACCCAACAACAGCAGCCACAACAGCAACAGCAACAGCAACAGCAGACAACAGGGUUCGGAGGCGGGCUUUUUGGAGCAAGCAGCAACACUGCCUCCACUUCAACGGGCGGCUUAUUUGGUAGCAAACCCAGUGCCCCUGCGACGAGCGGCGGGUUUUCGUUUGGUGGAAGCAACAACACUGGCAACCCAGCAUCCACCUCCACCGGUGGCCUCUUUGGCUCUUCGGCACAGCCAACACAGCAACAGCAACAGCCAUCCACAUCACUGUUCUCGUUUGGGUCGUCUCAACCUCAGCAACAGCAACAGCAACCUAAUAUCUCUUUGCAGCCGUUCCAAUCGCAACCGCAAUUCAAUGCAGGCGCGGCAGCAUCACCGUUUGCUCGAUUUGGCUACUUUCAAAAAGAACGCUUCAACGACCUCUCUGACGACGCUCGCAAACUUGUCGAGGAGCUCGACUCGCAUAUUUCCGCCCAGACGCAGCUUCGAGAUGAGUUGAAAACCAAAAACUUUGGCGAAGAGAUUCGCAAAUGCGCCGCGGAAUGGCACGAGCUCGACUCGGCGCUUAAAUCGCUCUCGGCAACGCUCGACACGGACGAAAACCAAUGCGUCGACGUUGGGCGCUUGCUCGAACGCGAUCGUACCACCACAUGUACGCUCUACUCUAUCAUUCUUAACGCCAAAGAGCCGCGCGCAGGAGCUGGAGCUUCGGAUGGCGCCUCGUUCGUCGAGUGGUUGGAGCACUUUUACUCUGAUCUCGCCGUGGAUUAUCGCGAUCGAAUCUCGCGUUACUCGAGCACGGUCGAGACCAUCCAACAUCAUCUGGCAUCGCUUUCGAGCAGAGAGACGUACACGCCUCAGGCGAUUUCAGACGCGAUUCAUGCUCAGCACGAGAGUUUUAUGACGUUGGCUGGACACGUAGCCGCACUGCAUGCCGAAGUGGAUGCAUUGAAGAAGGAUUACGCAAAGUGGUUCAAGCAGGUCAACAAAAGUGUCAGGGACCCUUUCGGUAGUAUGAACGCGCUGGCGGGGAGUGUGCCGCCUGCUACGUAG